AUGGCACUGCUAGAAAGUGUGCGCUCAGCUAGCCACGCCCUCAUUCUGAUACUCUGUCUCGCCUGCCUUGGCUUAAUCGUCCUGAGAAGGUCGGAACAGAUGAGCCUGGUCAUCCAACAGCCUCCGUCUAUUUUGACUCUUGACGAAGCAACUUAUUUCAUAUCCUCACCAUCCAAGGUACAGAAUCCGUCGCACUUACCUCACAAGGGGAUUCCGAAUAACUCUUUUUUUGGCCUCUCUAAGGUCGAGUACAGAUUUUCCAAGCGCGCUUCGGUUUCUGGGCCCUGCACUGUCAUUCGUGUCCCCAAUGUCCAGAUCACGCCAGAUGAUCUCAUUGAGAUCCGGAGGAUGCUUUCCCAAGAUGAUGUGUGGUCAAAUGGCUUUCUACAAUACCUCAUUUUCCUGCCCCAGACAGCCCACCAAACCGUCCAAAUCAACACUGCUGCUCAGCAAAAACUCGAUACUUGGGGCAGUCAGGUUUUAUCCGCGGGCAACCUGGGAACUCUAGACCUUCAGCAGCCUGGUCCUUAUUUCUGUAACGCUGGUCAACUGCACAAAGUGUACAGGCUAUAUCCUGAUACAGCGGGAGCAUUCAUGAGUGCCACAAUUCAAUCACCAAACGAUCCAUAUCUCUAUAAUUCGUUCAAUGUGUCUGUGUUUACGGAAGAGCACCCCUUAACAUUGACCAUCGGCGUUCCUUCCCGCUUAUAUUUCACACCCACCCAGGAAAAGCCGUUGGCCGGACUGCGAAUCGCGGUCAAGGACACACAAGAUGUGCAGGGGAUCAAAACCACUGGAUCAUCACGUGCAUAUGCUCGACUCUAUGGGCCACGAGAUAAAAGUGCCACUGGAGUUCAACGCUUGCUGGAUCAUGGUGCCAUUGUAAUUGGCAAAUUGAAGUCGACUCAGUUUGGUGAGAGUGAGUGGGCUACAGCUGACUGGGUAGACUACCAUGCCCCGUGGAAUCCUCGAGCAGAUGGAUAUCAAACUCCAAGUGCAAGCAGUUCCGGCAGCGGUGUGGCGGUGGCUGCUUAUAACUGGCUAGAUUUAUCUACUGGUACAGACUGCAGUGGUAGUGUUCGGGCUCCAGCUGCUAUUCACGGACUAUUCGCAAUCAGACCGUCUACAGAUGCAAUUGACAACAAAGGCGUCAUCCCAUUCUCCAAAAAUUUUGACACCUUCGGCAUAUUCGCGAGAAAUAUAGAAACUCUUACAACUACGUCAUCAGUUCUUUAUAAUCAACAUGCAGAGAUCCCUUCUUGUUUCAAGAAGCCCAAACGCAUUGUAUACCUUAGCGAAUACUGGCCAGUUAAAGAUAAGGCCAGUUCAUCUGUGUUUGAAAGUGUUAUCGGAAAGCUCGAAAAUGCAAUUGGCACUAAACGAACCAACCUCAGCCUGAACAAACUCUGGGCGGAAACAAACCCAGUUGGAACGGCCGUCUCUAUCGAUGAUUACUUCAGAACGACCUUUGUUUCUGCAUCUGCCCCAGAUCAAUGGAACAUGCUCAAGAGCUUCCACUCGGAAUAUAACAGGAUUUUUGGUCAUUAUCCUACACUAAAUCCCCAACUUCAAUGGAAAAUGUGGCGCCCAUCUUGGACUGGUGAAGGCUGGUUUUUCUAUUUCAUUUCGGUUUACGCAGGAGCCCCCGAAGUCAUAUUACCUGUUGGCCAAACGCCCUAUCACUCUCGAGUGACAAAGAGGGAGGAGUGGCUCCCUGUGGCCAUUGGACUCGUUGGAGCUAGAGGUACAGAUGCGGCAUUUACUUCAUUUAUAAAAGAUACCAUGAAAUCCGCGAACAUUUCACAAACGGUAGACGUCGGGCGUACCAUAAUUAUGGGUAUAUUUCGCCGUUAUAGUCCAUGGAUUGCAAUGAUAAAAUACACCAUCCAGAUUGCGAGGCAGCAUCAAAUUCCACAACGUGACUAG